AUGAGUGACCUUUGGGGCAUGUUUGUGGAUCGCCUGGUGGCGUCAGGAUACACACUGGAGGAUUUUGUUGACAACGAAGGCUUGCUUCGGCUUGUCGCUGAGGAGUUUUGUGGGUUCACGCCUCAGCAAGUAAGGGAGCUUCAGAAACAGUGGCAGAGUGUGCACCAAGGAGCAACAAUUAGGAUGAUGAAACCGAGAGAUGCAUCUCAUACAGCGGGGCGAGCCUAUUCUCAAAUGAAUGGCAAACCUGCCUUUCAAGGCAGCUUUAGUGUGUAUUCCACAAGUACAGUGUUGUCUCGUGCCACCAGAUUCUUGUCGAAUUUGAGCAAAAAUGGGAGUCUACUAUCAUCCGCGAUGGUGACGGAGCUCCCGCUUCCACGCAGACUAACCCAAUCUUUUCGUGGACGGCUGGCUUCAAUGCAUAACCCCACUGGAGAAGUGGAGCUUAUGUGGAAACUUUGUAGCCCAAGUACAUUAGCCAGCAUUAGGGAAGGCCGUUCAUUGGGGACUAUAGAUAACCGGGACAGAUUGUGCUCCUGUGGUAUUGUUCUCUACCGCGACGACGGAGAUGCAGCAGAAUUUCAAGAAGACACACCUGUGGAAUUGGUACACCAAGGCUGGUGCCUUGUUGCCUUUGAUACAGCCAUUGGUAAAUCGCGUCAUCUUGAAGCAGAGGAAAUUCAACUAGUGCAGCAUUUUUCUAUGAAAGAGUGCUUUCACACCCUUAAUAGUGACGGCUAUGACAGCAUUUUGAUUACUCCUUGUAAUGCCAUUGCCAUAUUCCACCCAGACCAGAUUGUCCCACGUUUUAUUGUUACUGUCCAUGCUUCCAACACCCAUCUGUCAAGUUGCCCUUCCAUAGCAACUGCAAUGGGUCAUCACGAUAUGACAUCUUAUCAACUGCGAAAAGGUGAAAAUCUGUAUGACAAGGUGCAACCAAAAGUCGUGGAGGCAAUAAGAGGGCUGAAUGUAGCAAAUGCACCUCAUAAACUAUCCGCUGACACCUCUUUGGAUGCGACUAUGUGCCACAAACAUCCGGGCAAGGAGGUUGAAUUUUGGUGUUCAGAGGAAAAACAGCUGUUAUGCAGUCAUUGCCUCUUUUAUGACGGCUACAGCAGCAACAAUUGCGUACUAGUGGCUGAGGCAGCUCGAAAGGAGCUCCAAGACUUGAACGUUGGAUGCAAAAUGCACGGACUUUUACAAAAGAGAUUAAUUCUGUUGUUGAUCUUUUCCGCUCCGCAGAAGAGGAUAUAG